GACCGCAUUAACUCAAGUCUCCCUAUCAUACAUUAAUUGUACCUAAUUCAGGACUGCAUAUAAUGUAGGCAGAGUCAAUAUAUAUCGCAAAGUGAGGAUGCGCCGCGUUGCAAUCCCUGUCUCAUCCGUCCCUGAGACCGAGGAGGAAUGCGGCGGUACGGCAGUUAGGAACUUUUGUAGUACCGAACGAGUCUACUUUUUACGGUAUCCCCCGAGACCUCUAUAAGUACGAGGAGACGAAGGCCGGAGUGCGCACUGACAUAGAGCAUCCCGUUCCCGAGUACAUCCGCGCAGAAUCUUCCUUCAAAGUUCAUCAUGCUGCGAUUCAUUCUCGUCGUCGUCGGCAUUCUCGGUGUGGCGUGGUCCGCGCCAGCACCAGCCCCGAAACCGGCUCUCGCGCCUACGCUCACCCUGGUCUCCGAGCUAAAAACCCCGGCGUCGACCACCAAGCUCGCGCCGCUCGUCGCCCCGAUCCCCGCGCCUGUCAUCGCGCCGAUCUCCCGGAUCGCGUACACCGCCCCCGUUUUAUCGCAGAUAUCACCGUACGCCUACGCUUAUUCCGCGCCGAUCGCCGAGAUCCCAUCGAGUUACUCGAUCGAACAGCAUGGAUACCAUAUUACCUACUGACCGAAAAAAUCAUCGGGCCGGUAGCCGUCGACAUCAGUGAAGCCCAUGUGAAAGUUUGUGUAACGGCUCGCAGCUUGUCUCCUCAUCGAUAAUCAUCGUCUAU